AUGGCUUCUUCUCCGGUCCAAGCUUCGGGGAAGGAGACGGAGGAGCGCAGCGGCACCGCCCCAAGGGCAUCAUUCCGGGACAUGGUGCUAGGGCGAACUGGGGGAGAUGGUGGACGUAAUAAGCAGGUGGACUUGAUAGCGCUGAAAUUGGUGCGCAUAGAACACGACGAGGAAGGCUUCCCUAAAGUCUUUGCUGCUGAUUCAGUAGUUGAGGAAUUGAGUCGUCCAUGGAAGGAUGCGCUGGUCGUGAAGCUGAUCGGGAAAAACCUAGGGUAUAACAUGAUGAAGUCUCGGCUCCGUGCGUUGUGGAAACCAGCGGGAGGCUUCGAUAUUAUCGUCAUUGACAAUGGUUUUUACAUGGUGAAAUUUGACAGAGAAGAGGAUCGAGACAAGGUACUACAUGGUGGACCUUGGAUGAUCUUCGACCAUUGUGUUGCUGUUGCUUUGUGGAGCCCAGACUUCGUCCCGGCGACGACAUCCUCUCUGAAGUCGCUGGUAUGGCUUCGGUUUCCAGGGUUAAACCCGGCAUAUUAUGAGGAGAGUUUCCUGAGGGCAAUUGCGGAGGCUAUUGGGAAACCCAUUAAGGUGGACGUGAACACCUUACAGCUGCAGCGGGGACGUUAUGCAAGGGUGUGCGUUGAACUGGACGUCUGCAAGCGUGCUGUUACGAAGAUAUGGUUCAGAGAUCAAUGGAUAUCAGUGGUGUAUGAGGGCUGCCAUAUGAUCUGUGAUAGGUGUGGCUGUUUUGGCCACCUGGGAAGGAAUUGCGAGAGGGACAUGUGCACUCCGACGGCGGCAGACACAUCACAAACCAGGGAUACGGCGAAACAUGGUGUUGCAGUGUCUGACAAAGGAAAGACGGUGGUCGUUGCCGAUAACGCUACGGCGGCGGCGGAGGAACCUUGGAUUCCCGUAAAGGGAAAGAAUUCAAAAUCAAAAAAAACGCUUCAUGGUAAUAAAGUGGGCAAUAAAGGCACCGCAAGUGGCAACGAAAUUUCAGGGAAAACAGUCCAGAUUUAUGUUGCCAAAAAUAAAGGAAUUAGCAUUAAUGAGAAUAAUGGGGCUCCUCGUUCCCAGCCGUCACAAAUUGAAUUGGCGCCAAGGCCCACUCAGCAGCCCGCGGCUCUCUCCCCUCCUCAAACGCCGCUCAAACGCCGGCGUGGGGAAGCGGUGGUGCAAGUGGUGACGGAGGUUCGCCGGCAGCCACCAACAUCGACUCCAAAGAGGACGCCCGCGCGCAAGCAUAUGCCAGGAAGGAACCCAGCGCCGACGACUCAACAACGGCGUGGACAAGCUGUCCCGAGGGGGCUGUUCAAGGAGGGAGAGAAGUCAGAUUUCGUUUUCCAAGCUGAGGGGAGUGUUGCUCAUGCAGGUCCAGUGGUGCAACAAGUGAAUGAUGCUCGUGAACUUGAAGAAGGAGAGGUCGUCGCCGCCGGCGAGCCUCCCGACGUAAGUGUUUGUUGA